ACUGAAUGAAAUUCUUCUGUUUUAUCACCAUCAUGAUACUACAGUUUGGAUGAAAAAGAACUUGUUAUUCCUUCCACUUCAGACAGUCAUGUGCAAUUCAAAAUUCCAUUAUGAAUAUCAAAUUCAAGAAAAGUAUAAGCAAAAAUCCACGAGUCAGGCUACACAAAUCUCUCUCUCUCUCUCCACUCUUCUCACACAAAUCAACAAUAAAAAAUUAUCUGCUUUCCCCCAAAUCAACGAUGCCAUUUUUGUUGUUGCCAAUGUUGGGUCUCGUAUCAAUAAUUUAUUUUACCAUUUUUUUUAAUCCCUUCAAGCAAAUGGAGGGGUCCAAGAAACCACCCCUUCUUGCAUUAUACUAUAUACCUCUCUGCGGCUCAAUGCCUGCAAACCCUUUUUUCUUUCUUACUCUAUUUAUGCGGAAUGUAUGCUAAGGUUUAUGCUUUGUUAGUGCCGAGUUGAGAUGUUUGUAUUAUUGCUUCUUCCAGAACUGGGCUUUUUUUGGGUUCCCGGAUGAAAAUUCGGAGGAUUUUGGGUGUUGAAAGCUUUAAAUCAAUUUCUGAAGGCAACGAAAGAGGAAGUAAAGAAGACAAGAAGGGUAUUAGUGAAAAUAUUCAUUAUUCGGAUAGGAACCAUUGGUUUGAUUUGAAUUUCAGUUGUGACGAUUGGAUUUCUAUUCGCGUUUCUGACUCGAAGGUUGGGAUGUGGGAAAUUGGCAAUAUAUCAGAUCAGCAUGUAACCAGUCCUUCUGGUAAUGGCGGUACAGAUAAUUCAUCGGGUGAAAACCCUCAGGAUGCAGAUUAUUCUCACAUGUCUCUUAGCAAUGAAUUAGAAAAUCUAAUUUUUGCUAGGUUUCCAAGGUCAGAACAUUGGAAGUUAUGCUUUGUGAACAAGAGGUGUUUGACUCUAUUAAAAAGUGGUGAGCUUUACAAGAUUAGAAAGGAAAUUGGAGUUAAAGAACCGUCUGUUUUCAUGCUAACGACUGGGGAAGGUAAUUGGUGGGCAUUUGAUCGAGAAUUUAGGUCCCCUAGGAAGCUUCCAGUUCUACCGUCAGAUCCUUGCUUUCCUUCUGGAGAUAAAGAGACACUUUGUGCUGGUACUCACCUUCUCGUUUCUGGCAGAGAAAUUCAUGGUCUAGUUGUUUGGAGGUAUGAAUUGGCUGAGAAUAAAUGGUACAAGGGUCCAUCUAUGAUUAGCCCGAGAUGCUUGUUUGCUUCUGCAACUUGUGGUACCUUUGCUUAUGUGGCUGGUGGCAUGGGGGUGGCAGCAAAUAGUGAAGUCUAUGAUACCGCUGAAAAAUAUAAUCCGGACAAUGGAUCAUGGGAACCACUUCCGAGGAUGAAAAAGAGAAGGAAGCUGUGCUCCGGAUGUUAUGUGGACAAUAAAUUUUACGUGAUUGGUGGGAGAAAUAACGAUGGAGAACUGACAUGCGGUGAAUUUUUCGAUGAAACCAAAAACACGUGGGAACUCAUUCCCGACAUGUUGAAGGACGAUCCUGUACGGUCAUCCCACUCUCCACCACUUCUUGCUGUCAUAAAUAAUGAACUCUACUCGCUUGAAUCUUCUUCCAACCAGCUGAAGGUGUAUUUGAAGAAGACCAAUACAUGGAAGUCGCUGGGGCAAGUUCCAGUGAGAGUGGCUUGCAACAGAGGUUGGGGCGUUGCAUUCAAGUCACUGGGAAAUGAGCUGCUUGUAAUAGGAGCAUCAGCUUUUUCUUGUGCCAGUAAUUACAUGGCCAUAUAUACCUGCUGCCCAGAUGCCGAUGCCGAAGAAUUGCAGUGGAGACCUGUUGACAGUGGCAGAAAUCCCCUAAGUCACUUCAUUUUAAACUGUUGUGUUAUGGUAGCUUGAGGGAGGAUUCUUAGAGACUUCAAGUCCAUAUUACCAUAAAAAAACACUCGUAACAAGAUUGUUUGUCCUGGAUUGUAAUCGUAAUAUUACUACUUGCACUAAAUAAAAUUCCUCCUGACUCUUGGGAUUGUAAUUGUAAUUGUAAUAUUCCUAACCAACCUUUGUAAUAUAUGUACCUCAUUCUAUGGUGGAAGUUGCUCGCCUUUUUGAAUU